AUGUUCUCCGCACAGCAUGAGCUUACCUGGUAUCAGCUGAGGCGGGCCCUUAGCUAUUUCUUUGUCAUCUUCUUGAUCCUGUACUUCCUGCAAGUCCUCACUGCGGGAAACUACGAUCAAACAGCGCUGGCGUGCCUGGAUACCGGCACGUCUUUGAUUUCCAUCCCAGCAGGCGAAUUUGUCAGAGUGACGCUCGGGCUCUUCGGGACAGCCGUGUUGGAAGAGUGCUUCUUGAACGAGGGGGUUGAGCUCCUCUGCCCCUGUUCGCUGGCUGAUUCCGCGACGGCGCUAAACAUCUAUUUCCACGAGCACCUCAUCCGCCUGGAGAUGUCAGAGUUGUUCAUGAAGGCGACGACAAUCCAUGGUGAGGACUUCUGCCUGACCGGUUUGUCGACUUCGAAUCAGCCCAUCUGGAUCUUGGGAGAUUCCUUUCUGCGUAGCGUCUACGCGGUGCAUAGCUUCAACCGGAAAGAGAUCGCCAUGUUUCCCUACAGGCCGGUCUCACCGGUUUCGCUCGAGGCAGAAGCCCCAAUCCCCCUCUGGGCUUGGUUGGCUCUCUGGGCAUCGAUGGCCUCGCUGGUUUAUCUGGCAUUCCUGCACUUCAAGAAGUCAGAGAGCUCCAGGGAGCCCCUUUCUGGGGCAGUGAAGGUGCCGCUACUACGGCCUGAGCUGAUGUCGAUGUCUAGGAUCUAA